AGACAGCGAAGGCAGAGGAAGGGCUUUACGGUCAUUCUCCCUAGACACUGAUCGGCGACAAUGGCUUGCAGAGUUGGCAAUGUCCAUUCUGCAGCUUCACCACCAGCUUCCAUUCCAUUCUCCUCCUUCUUCUUCCCCACUCUCGCUUUCAGCAGUUAAGCUGCUCCAAUCCCUUCACCCACCUCCACAGCUCCCCGCGCGCUCUCUCUCUCUCUGUCUCACUUAACUGCACCUCCAAGCUUUCUCUCUCUCUCUUUCUCUUCAUUCAGAAAGCUCAAUUCAAUACUCCCUCUCUCUCUCACUCGCUCCCGAAAUCCUCAUCCUGCUGCUCGUCCUUCUCCGGCGGCCGGAGAGAAGAUAUAGAGAGGGAGAAUGCCGUUGGUUAGGUUUGGAGUGAGGAACGAGUACUCGUUGGUCCAGCCGGAGCUCUACACGGAGGUCGACCGCGAGGACCCCAAGGCCGUGCUCGACGGCGUCGCGGUUGCCGGUCUCGUCGGGAUCUUGCGUCAAUUAGGCGAUCUCGCUGAGUUUGCAGCAGAGGUGUUCCAUGGCUUACAGGAGCAAGUCACAAGUACAGCUUCUCGGAGUCACAGAUUGAAGGUCCGUGUGCAGAACAUUGAAGCGGCGUUGCCUCCUAUUGAGAAGGCCAUAUUGGCUCAGAAUAGCCACAUCCAUUUUGCUUACACGGCUGGUUCCGAAUGGCAUCCUCGCAUCCAGAAUGAGCAAAAUCACUUCAUCUACAAUGACUUGCCCCGUUUUAUCAUGGAUUCUUAUGAAGAAAGCCGUGAUCCACCACGCCUUCAUUUGCUUGACAAAUUUGACACUGGUGGUCCAGGAUCAUGUUUGAAGAGGUAUUCUGAUCCAACCUUCUUUAGAAGAGCAUCAGGUAGCUUGAGGGAAACAGGUGGCGAGAAAGUUCAAAGAGAUAAGAAGGCUCGUAAAAUCAAGAAAAAGAGAUCAUUACAAAGGAAAGGAAGCUCAUUGCGUAAUGGGUCAAUCUCAAGUCAAAGCACCAGAUUUCAGUUUUUCCCGUCAGCUGGUAAUGGAAGGACUUCUCCUUCCCACACAGCCUCUUCUAUUGACAUGACAUUAAAGUCUGAUCUUGGGGAUCGCUCAAAUUCUUUCGAUUCAAGAACUGGGUCGAGUCAUAUUGAAUGUGUUUUCCGUCCCAGUUCCUCCAUGCAACCUGAGGAACAGGAGGAAUCCGUUGAAUUCUGUUCAAGGUCUUUCCAGCAAGAUGAUGAUAUCCAUGAGUCCAGCUUUGCUGGUGAACAGCCUGGAGUUGCUGAUGAUAAUUUUCUACACCCUUCAUCACCAGAGCAGGUUCCUCCUCGUUCCACUUGUGUUACUUGGGAUGAGAAGGAGGAAAUAUCAGAGGCCAAAAGUCAACACUCUGAAGGAGAUGAAGCUCCAACAGAUAUAUUGGGUGCAGAUUCUGUCGCAGAAGAUAUACAAGAAUUAAGAGCCGUUGCUGAGAUUCACAUUCCAAAAGACGUUCCAUUUGAGGAUGAGAAUAUUCGAGGGCCAAGUUCCAUUUUCACUCGGCUUUAUGAUGUUGAGAGUGAACCUGACAACUUCAUGGAUGCUCUUAAUACCAUCGACACUGAAUCUGAAACUGAUGUUGAUUAUCAGACAAAACAUGAAGUGAAACAAGGUGAAUCAUUAUCUACCAGUGAUGAUGGAAGGACAGAAGAUGUGCUUAAUGUGUUGUCUGCAGUUGAUACCUCAGAUCAUCGUCAUCCACAAAUUGAUGAUCACACUCCAUCCGAUACUUCUUCAUGCAAUGAAAUGGCUGCUGAUGUAUUUGUCUCAGUCCCCCCAGUUAGUCCUGCUAAGGAACGAGCUCCUGAGGUUCCUGAAGUAUCAUCUUCUGCCUCCGAUUCUGAAUCAGGUACACUAGCUUCUACGUCUAUUGAUCCUCCGGAUGGCUCAAAAGAAGUGGAAUCUGCUGUUUUCGACCGGCCAUCAUCUGGGAUUGCAGUGUCGGAAAUACAGGAGCUGUUGCCUGAUGAAGUGCUAAACAGUCCCGACAAGCCUCAAGAAUCUCCAGUUCCCGAGUUAUCCCGUGUUGAAUCAAUUAAGAUCUGGACCAAUGGUGGACUCUUAGGACUUGAGCCAUCAAAGCCUCCUGAUUUCAAUAUGUCAAAUGCUGAUCGUCAUGGUUCAGAAACAAGUACAACUGAGGCGGAAAACUCUCCAACGCCAAUUAAUAAUGGUGACACGAGAAAGCUAAACAAAGAUGGCGAAUGUAUAGAAAUACUUGCUGGUCCCAGAAGUCCUGCAUCAUUGCAUGAUGAUAAUGUUGCCAAAGCUGAUAAACAUUCAAGUGAUUCUCACUGCAGAAGUAGAUUCCACCCAUAUGGUGGUGGGUUAACUUCUAAUGGGUUGCCACUUAGCACAAAUGUCAAACCUACAUCUGAAGAAGCAAGUCACGAGGAUGACGAACACUCAUCUCACAUUUUUGGGCUUGGCCAAAGGCUACUUGCUAAUGGAUUUCGAAAAAAGAUAUCACUUGUGCCUUCUUGUGAACCUGAGAUGCCUAACUCAUCGCCUCAACAGAGUAAGCAACCUUUUGUUAAGUUUCAAGCAAGUCCACUUGACGUGCGGUUUGGUCAUAAAUCUGCAGAUUAUCAUCUUACAUCUUCACCGCCGCUCGAACACAUGAAAAUAUCUUUCCAGCCUACCAAUGAUUUUGAAGCUUUUUCGAAGCUGAAACUCAAAUUCCCUGAUGGUAGUAACUACUGCAGUGAAAGCAGUAGCAGCAGGGAUGUGUUUCCAUCAUUCCAGUUGGUUCCUGAGGCAGUUGCAACUGGAAGAAACGACGUGGCUUCUGACUCGGAUGAUGAUGAUGACACUUUCUGCAGAUCAUCUCCUUACAUGUCAGACGAUGAUGGUCUCAGCCGGCAUUCUGAUAUGGAUUCAGAAGACCACUGGGAAGCUGGCGGGUCCCCAGAAAGCGUUGAUGAUGUGAUUCCGCCAGCUGAGGAAACUGCACAUGCUGAGAAUGACGGUGCUGUUUCAUGCCUCUCUGCUACUGUACUUGACCUUCCUAGUUUUGAUGAUGUAAAGCCCCCUCACCAGGAAGUAAGACAGGAAGAUUUUGACCCAUUGAGUUCCUUGGAGCUGUUGCAGCAUCCCAAAGCAUCGAGUCCAUUGCCGCCUCCUCUCCCUCCAGCUCAAUGGCGGCUUUCAAACCCCAUUUCUGAACCACAAGCUACAUUUGAUGCUCAUCAACCUAAACCAGCCCCUGUUAUGACUCAGCAAUCUAAACCUGCUCCUGCUAGUGAACAACAGCAGUCUCCUCAGGUUGUCGUUCCAUUUAAGUUGAAGAGCAAGGAUGAACAGAAGUUGAAUUGGGUGAAGGAAGCUAAUCAACCUGCAAAUGGCAAGGUGAUGGAUGAACAUGACGAUUUCUUGCACCAAAUUAGAUCGAAGUCAUUCUCACUGAGACCCACGGCCCCAGCAAAGACGUUGGUGUCCGAAACGACUGCAAACAAUAGAGUGACGGAGAUCUUGAAGAAGGCCAAUGCAAUUCGCCAGGCAGUUGCAAGUGAUGUGGACGAUGAUGAUGCGUGGAGCGACAACCCUUGAUCAUCGCUUCAUUUCCUCGAGAAGUUGGGCGAGAGAGGAGGCGGUAACAUGUAUGUGAAUAAUUUGUUUGUUUUACUUUUUUCCUUGAUCGGUGUAAUUAAGCGAAUCGGUGCAUUGCUGCCUCCUCUUCUAGACGAAAUUUGAGAUUAGAGAGAGUAGGAAGAAAUUCCAGUCAUGUUAUUUCCGCCAGUAAGUUGGCUGUUGUUCUGCAAAAGGAGGAUGUUUCCCUCACCUCGGUCGCAUUGAUGCAGGAGCUGCUGCAGUGGUUUCCUGGAACUCGAAAUAAGGAAAGGGUGAAUGUAAAGAGGGAAUUGUGGGUUCCUUUGGAUGGUGAAAUGGAGUUGCAGCAGUUGAUAGAUGAUGAAGCUUUGGCUUGGCUUAGGAGCUGCUCGACAUCCUCGCCUCUUCAAUCCGUUAUUUCAGUUUCUUUUCCUGUUCACCAUAGUGCUCUUGUUUCCUACCUCUUCUCUUGUUAUAGAUGAACGUUUGUGUUCUUUUGGGUUCUCUCGGAACCUUUUUUUUGAGUAUUUUGUAUGUAUUCCUUUGAUGGUCCAGGAAAUAAUAAUACGGUAUCAUCCUUAUAUAUAAGAAAAAGGUUGGCUGUAUGUAUUCUGUUUAG